CUCCAAAUGAGAGCGGACCCCUGUCGGAGUCCCCUGUUCUCCAAUUCUCGGAGCUCAAACUCAGCGCCGAAUCGCGUGCCAAUAUUUAGUCGCGGCCCUAUGGCUUCUCCGCCCCCGCUGAGCCCGCAGAUCGUGGCUGGCAUUUCCCCUGGCGCUCGUGCCCCUCACAUUUAGCAUUCUGCGCACUCUCUACCCCUCGCACGCAAACAAUCAUGUCGCUGGCUGCUCUCCCUUCUCUUCCACUGUUCCUCGAAGCGAGGAAGCAUGCGCAAGCCAAGCCGGAAAAAAUUGCUGUGAUUGAUACCACCAAGUCCCAGCAUUUCACUUUCGCUCAAUUGCUCGCCGAUGCCGCGGCUCUGAAGAAGCGCAUCCUUGAAGAAUUAGAUCUCACCGGCACUGGAGACCUGGAAGAGAGACGGAUUGCUUACUUAGUCCCGAAUGGAUAUGACUACGUCGUUACAAAAUGGGCCGUCUGGGCUGCUGGCGGCGUGAGCGUACCUCUCUGCACAUCCCACCCGGUCCAGGAACUGCUGUACACAAUUGGCGACUCAGACCCGUCCCUGAUAAUCCUCCAUCCAACAUUCUCGAAGCUCGAGGCGCCUCUUCGCAAAGGCUGCCCUGACCACACACGCACUUUCAUGACCCUUACUCCCUUCACGCAAGCAACAAACAACUCCGCCGUGCAACUUCCUGAGUUCACUGAAGCAACCUUUCCCGACCGCCGCGCGCUCAUGAUUUACACCUCGGGAACAACCUCUAACCCCAAGGGCUGUGUCACCACACAUAAAACCAUCACAUUCCAAGCGCGAUCCCUCAUCGAAGCGUGGAAAUAUGAGCCCUCUGACCAUCUUAUCCACGUCCUCCCCUUGCAUCACAUCCAUGGUAUCAUCAAUGGCUUAACAGCCACUCUCCUCAGUGGCGCCACUGUCGAAAUGCACCCAAAAUUCGAUCCCGCGACCAUCUGGACCCGAUGGCAAAGCCAAGGCUCCUCAACCAUGUUCUUCGCCGUGCCAACAAUCUACUCCCGUCUUGUCGACUACUUCGAGACACACAUCCGCGGCACGGAACAGGAAACCGCCGCCCGCGAGGGUGCAGCCGCCCUUCGCCUCCUCGUCAGCGGCUCCGCCGCUCUCCCCACACCAAUCAAGACCAAAUUCGCUGCCAUUACGGGCCAGACCCUCCUCGAACGCUAUGGUAUGACCGAAAUUGGCAUGGGCUUAAGCUGUGGCCUUGAAAUUGAGAAGCGCAUUGACGGUAGUGUCGGCUGGCCCCUACCUGGUGUGCAGGUGCGACUCACCGACAAGGAAACAGGAGCUGUCCUUGACUCUGUCGACGUUGACGGUAUGAUUGAAGUCAAGGGUGACAAUGUCUUCUCCGAGUACUGGCGACGACCCGAAGCCACGGCUAAAGAGUUCACCGCGGACGGAUGGUUCAAGACCGGCGAUGUGGCGCGGCGCGAUGAGAAGGGCGCGUACUUUAUUCAGGGCCGCGCGUCAGUCGACAUCAUCAAGUCAGGCGGGUACAAGAUCUCUGCGCUAGAGGUAGAACGGAAAUUGCUUGCGCUGGAUGAGGUGCAGGAGGUUGCUGUUGUAGGUAUUGCAGACGAAGAAUGGGGUCAGCGAGUGGCAGCAGUUGUGAAACAAAGGGCUGGCGUGAGUUCCUACCCUCCCGAUGAUACACACAAUAUCUAACAAGAACAGACCGAACCACUAGAACUGCAAUCUCUCCGAAGCCGAUUGAAGCAGGAAAUGGCUCCCUACAAGAUUCCCACCGUGCUCAAGCUUGUUGAUGGCAUUGAGCGGAAUGCCAUGGGAAAGGUGAACAAGAAGACGGUCGUUAAGAAAUACUGGCCUGAAUUGGCUUGAUCCGGCCACGAUUCGAUAGACAUAUAACGAAGCGCCUUGAUUUCAUUGUAGCUUAGUAUAAUAGAUAUAGAGCACAGAGCAUAGUAUACACAGACACAGACGCAGACAUGACUUCGCUUGGAUUUUGUCAACCCUGUGCUCUCAUCGCACAUCGCACAGUUUGCCCGACUUAGGGUUUCCUCCCUUACACAAAACCAACCGCUCUCGCAGCAAGAUCAGACCCAACCUCAGGCUCCACUCCAGACACCUCGCCUCCAUUCAAAAACCUUGCAACAGCCUCAUAAGCCUCCAUCUUAACUUUCUCCAUCUCACUCCCCGCCUUGACCCUCUUAUCAAACGCAU